GACGCUGCAAAACGGAUACACGAGAAAAAAAGAGAAACUACUCGCUGCAAUCGCCGUUGCCGCCCGAGCACCCGCCGCCGCCGCCGCAUUCUCCCGGCGGAGGAGCCCCAGCUCCAAUCCUCUGUCCGCUCUGCUGUCCAGGAACGUCGUCGCUGGCUGGUGCACCGCCACUCCGGCGCCGGCGCCCUCGCUCGUUCGUUCUCCCAGGGUUCGAAUCAUGAUGUCUGCAGCUGCAGAGCAGGUGGCCGGUGGCUUCUCAUCAGCAGUUAUCCAGCGUGCUGUUGACAAGGUGAUUGACUUCCUUGAGAGCAACUAUAAUCUGAGCCAUGCUACUGAAGAGCUUUUGACCAAACUCCACACAAGCCUCACCAUGGUGAAGGCCAUCACCGAGGUCGCUGAUAACCAGCUUAUCACCAGCACUAGUCUUACCAAGUGGCUAAGGAACCUCCAUGAUGCUGCCUAUGAAGCUGAGGAUGUGCUUGACAAGUUUGACUGUCAAGACAUUGUCCUCGGAAAGCGCAAGAUGAGCGAGCUCGUUUCGUCGUCGAUUAGGGCCCUUAAAAGUUUGGUUGUACCUGAUGAGAGCAUGAAAAGGCUUGAAUAUGUUGUGCAGAAGCUAGAUCACCUCUGUGCAACCUCCAACACAUUUCUGGAGCUCUUAAAGCAGAGUAGUUCAUCAUCCAUCAAGGAGGGAGUUGGGGGAGAGACUACUUCUCGUGUUCCAGUUGAUGUCAAGCUGUUUGGACGCGAUGAAGUUCUAGAGUUGAUACUGAGAAUUAUUUUGGGUUCAUCUGGCUCUGAACCAGAAUCCAGCAGCAUAAGAGCAAAACAUGGGGCAAGGUACACCAUUGGUGGUAUUGAUGUCAUCCCAAUUGUUGGUAUGAGCGGGGUUGGGAAGACAACCCUUGCUCAAGUCAUUUACAAUCAUGAAAAUGUGAAGGGUCACUUUGGGCACAGAGCAUGGGUGUAUGUUUCAAAACAUUUCGGAGUGAAAAGGACGUUGCAGGAGAUGUUGUGCUCCAUUAAAGGAAAUGAUUCAUCUUUUGACCGUGCUGAUAGUCUAGAGACAGUUGUCAACAAUAUUCAAAAUGUCAUCCGGCAUGGAAGAUUCUUUCUUGUGCUUGAUAGUGUUUGGGAUGAGAUGUGUGAUCAGUGGAGUAGUUUGCUUACUGCCAUAGCUGGUGAAGUACCGGGAAGUGUAAUUCUUGUCACAACACAAAGCAAAAGGGUUGCAGACACAGUAGCAACAAUGUGUCAAGUUCCACUAGCACCUUUGCCAUGGGAGAGUUUUUGGUCAGCUUUCCAGUAUUAUGCUUUUGGCACCACCGGUCCUGUGGCAGAGAACAAUCAGACUCUUCUGUUAAUUGGUGAGCAAAUAGCAAAAAAACUAGAUGGCUUGCCAUUAGCAGCAAAAGUAAUGGGAAAUCUGUUAAGAUCCAGAUUUACCAUACACCAGUGGAGAAGCAUCCUUGAGAGCGAUUGGUGGGACCUGAGUGAAGUUCUUUGUGAAAUCCUUCCAUACAUGGGAAUUAGUUAUCAAGAUCUACAGCCUAGACAAAGGCAGUGCUUCGCUUUCUGUUCGAUUUUUCCAGGAAAUUACUUGUUUGAUAAAGAUAGAUUGGUCAAUAUGUGGAUUUCUCACGAUUUCAUUGAACAAAGCGAAUCUGGUGGCACUAGAUUAGAGGACGUUGGAGGUAAAUUGUUUGAUGAACUUGUGCAAAGAUCAUUUUUCCAGGCUACAUUUGAUAAAAGGAGGUACACUAUGCACGAUCUAGUACGGGCUCUGGCAAUUGGUGUUUCUUCAUAUGAAUGUUUUCUCCACAAAGAGACCUCACGCAGAGCAUCACCAACUGCUCGCCAUUUGGCUCUGCAAGUUAGUAAUCAACUGCACAUUCAUGAACUCAACAAGUAUAAAAAUCUGCGGACAAUCUUACUGUUUGGUCAUUGUGACAGUACUGAAAUUUGUGAUGUUGUUGACAAUAUGUUAGCCAACUCAAGAAGCAUUCGAGUUUUAGACUUAUCUUAUUUGGAAGUGCUGACAAAUAUGCCUGCCCACAUUUCAUCCUUAAAGAAAUUGAGGUUCUUUGAUCUUUCUUUCACAAGAGUCAAUAAUUUGCGCAACUUCCCUUGUAAUCUUCAUGCUUUAUACCUCCGUGGAUAUACCCGCAAUUCUAUUCCUCAAAGUGUUAAUACACUCGCCAAUUUGCGGCACUUGUAUGUUGACGCUACAGCUCUCUCUUUGAUUCCUGGUAUUGGGCAACUGAGUCAACUUCAAGAAUUGGAGAACUUCAGUGUUGGAAAGAGAAACGGAUUCAUGAUAAAUGAAUUGAAAAACAUGCAAGAGCUAUCUGGGAAAAUUUGCAUAAGCAAUAUCCACGUCAUUAAGAACACACUUGAGGCAGCCGAUGCCAAUAUGAUUGGGAAGAAACACCUUGAAGCCUUGGUGUUGAAGGGGAGAAAUGUAUCCAAAGAUGUACUUGAAGGAUUGCAGCCACACUCAAAUCUUCAAGAGCUCAUGAUCGAAGGUUACGGGGCCACAACUUUACCUAGCUGGAUCUUGCAAGGCCACAUCUUCACAAAACUGCAGUCUAUUCAUGUUGGAAGCUGCCGACUUCUAGCUGUACUUCCGCCAUUUGGAAAAUUCGCUUCACUCAAGCAUCUCACUCUUGAUAACUUGCCAUCGGUGAAGCAUGUUGAUGGAACACAUUUUGGUUGCCUCCCAAAUUUGGAGGACUUCAAAGUUUCUUCGAUGACAUCUUGGAUAGAUUGGUCACAUGCAGAAGAAGAUCAUGGCCCUCUCCUUCCACAUCUCACAAGGUUUGAACUUCACAAUUGUCCUUUACUGGAAAAAGUGCCCAACCUAUCAUCCAUGUCUUCAUUGUCAGAACUUAACAUUUCAGCUUGUGGGAACUUUGCCAAGGCACUCCCACAAUAUGUAGGACUAUUAGCAUGUCUCAAAAAAUUAAGGAUAUCUUACUGUGAUCACCCACUGCUAUUCUCUGGGCAUCAGUUGAAGUCACUGGAUUAUCUACAUCUUCGAAAAUGUGGAUCUCUACGUUUGAUUGAUGGGCUACAAUGUUUUCCCAACCUCAGGGAUAUUGAUGUUCUUGGUUGUCCUGGCAUUCUUACUGAAUUACAAGACCAAUCGGUUAGACAAGAUGAGCAGGAUUUACUUCAUCUUAGCAGUAUAGUUACAGAUAUUAGCUUGCUAAAUAAGAACUUUUUUGUCCCCUCAGUGUGUGCUCUGUGCAUCGUUUAUCUGGAGGCCCUUCAUUUUACCCCAGAGCAGGAGGAGUGGUUUGGACAACUAAUAUCUGUCGAAAAAAUCGAGUUUGCUUACUGCUAUUUUCUGCAACGACUCCCUUCUACACUAAACAGACUUACCUCCUUAAAAGUACUUAGUAUCAGGGAGACAAAACCCCUGUCGCUGGAAGGAGUUGUGCCACAGAACCUCCAAGAAUUGAUUAUGGAUGGCUUCGUCAUGGAAGACAAUUUCAAACCUGGAGGAUCAGAUUGGCUGAACAUCUCUCAUGUUCCAUACAUUCGGCUUAAUGGGAAGACAGUCCAAAACCUGUCAAUUAAUGCUGCUUCAUCGUCUUCAAACCACCAAAUUUGAGUACCAUGUAUCUGUUCCCACUGCUUGUCUCUGCCUCUGUACUACAAAUAAUACGUAUCUCUGUAAGCAUGCUUUCUGCUCUCUCUAGUUUGUACUAUUUGAAUGUAUAUUACAAGAGGAUCCAUUACAGAACCACAAAUGUUAGAAUCUGCAGCUCGGUGAUACACAUUGUUAGAUGGUUGCCAAUGGUUUGGCAGCUAGUCCAACCAAAAGGUGGAAGUAUUAGAAACAUUGUGCAAAUUGUUGAUUGUGCAAAUUGUUGAUUGGUCUAGGUGUUGAUUACAGUACUUUAUUUUGUAAUUCUGGAAAUUGUGGGCUGAAUUGAUUUGUUUUCAUUUAUUUUUUUGGUGCUAAAAUUCAUGUCUGCUAGGCCUAGGCAUUCUAUCAAUCAUUCCUGGUAUGAACGAACAGUGGCACUUAUAUCUGCAAUCUCUCCUUUCCAAUUCCUGUUUUGUUCUUUCAUUUACUUUACAGAUUCCAAUUUCUGUGACUAGUUUCUAAUACUUUGUGAUGUGGAACCCUUGUCAGUCUUCUGGGAAGCAAGGUUGCAGCAUGGUGUGCUAAAGAUCGUUUGCUCCAUGCAUGACCCGCAGAUAUGGUGCAUGGAUAAACUCUGGCUGGCUGGUGCAGAGUGCACCCAGGAUAGUCAGUAGUUCCUGAGGAAGGGAAGCUCAGGGAGAUCAAGGAGUAGGAGACUGACGACGCGCGCACAUGAAGGGCACCAAGGAGUAAGUGGGCUCUCGGACUCUGUUCCGGUCUUCUGUGUUGCUGUUGGGCUCUCGGACUCUGUUCCGGUCUUCUGUGUUGCUGUUGGGCUCUCGGACUCCGAUCUGGAAGAGAUCGUCCUCACCAAGGAUAUGCGCGGCGGGAUGUUUGAUCCAGAUGGCACCGCUGACGGUGGACUAUGCCUGGAGCAGCACGACCGCUCAGGGGAGGUAAACAACAUGUUGUACAGGAAGAAAGAGGGAGGAUUCAGAUCCGGCCAUGUCGGCAAGGCGACCAUGGUUCUUCACGCUGUCCUUGAUGUGUUCAGACUUCAGACCACCUGGUCAGCAAGCUGUGUAGGUGACUACUAGCCGAUCAUCAGUUUUGUUAUGUUCCCACUCAUAUAUAGCUCUUGUUACACGCUGUCGGGUGCUUGAUAUAUAAUCUGCACAAGAUCUGAAAAGCAAGCUGGUUGAUGCAUGUUUGUCA